AUGGCGGGCGCCAACGAUGAUUGUGUAAAUGCAGCGAGACUUCACGAGAGGCCGUUUCAUGCCGCCUAUAUAAAUGAAAAGAUUCCAUGUCCUCUUCCGCAAUGUAGACGAGAUUUUCCAAAUGAUUUUUUUGAGGUGAACGGGCUCGCUCAGCAUUUUAGAGCGAAACAUAGUGGUGUAACUUUCACAGACAAACACGUGGAUGAAGCAAAAUGAGUGCUAAAGUCAUUGCAUGGCGAAGAAACGAAGAGCCACUUGGAAAAGUUGUCUACCGCGCGUCGUAACCUGGUAAGCACAAUGUUUGCGGAUAUAUAUGCAAUUUUUUUUCUGUAAGGACGCGUCAUAAUACAUGUUGACUCAAAGCUGUUUAUAAUUUACAUAUUUUUAGAAGAGCGAACCUUACAUCGGAUACAAUGUAUUUACGAAGCACGGGGAUUGUCACAAUUUAUAUGUCGCUGCAAAAGAUGCGAAAGAGGCUGCUAAACUUGUUGGAAUGGUUCUAUUGCAUUUUGGAUAUGUGAAACCAUACUCCAAGGGCUACAGAGGUGAACCAAUUGAUGUAAAAGGAGAAAACAUCACUACCACGUACUUUCAAUGUGUGGUUUUCUACCAAGACGGAGUCUGGUAA